AUGGUUUAUAUCUAGCCAAAUGAAACAUCUGAUUCGCAGCUGAUUAUGAAAGAAAUUUAAGCUACUGUGUUUCUGAUUGUUCAAAAUCUUAGUUCAACUUAGUUUCAGAUCCAAUAUCCGGAAAAUGCCUCAGUAAAGUUUUAUCUUAACAUAUAAAUAGAUUCUGGAUAGAACCUAAUGUAAUUAUCAAAAUUUAACUGCGACUAUGGCUUUUUCGGAAAACCUGUAUUUGAUGAAUUAGGAAAUGUCGUGGAUUUGGAAUGCAUAAUGUGCUCUAAUGAUUGUUUUGAAUGUAUAGAUUUAGAUAAAUGCACGUCUUGUAAAUAAGGAUUAUACCUUCAGACAGUAGAUAUUCAAAAGACAUAUGGCUAGUGUUUAACAAAGAUUGAUUAGCACUUUGAGGAGACUAUCUAUCUUAAACCCUAUUUUCCAAGUGAAGAGGCAGAAAAUAUCAAUUAAUAGAUAGGAUCAUAUGAAAGGGCUUUCAAAAGUUUGCCUGAUGCAAUAUCAAGAGCUUAUGAGAUAGGAGCCAAGUAUACAUCAUCAAAGGUUAAUAUCAUUCUAAAAUCAAAACCUAACUUAAAUCAUGCUAUUCUGAGAUAGGCUACUGAUUUCUAUAUUCCAAGUCUUUAUGAUCAAUACUCUUAAUCAACGUAGAUCUCUAUUGAUACAGAAGAUAGAUUGCCGUAGAAGAUCCUUUACAAAAUGAGAGACAAAUGGCGAUUCAAAGUAGGAGGAGGUCUUUCAAUAAGAAAUUUAGUUUUUGAUGCUCUAGAUUCUUAGCUUAUCCCUGAUAUUGAUACCAAUAAGUGCUUGUAAAAUGGAUUGAUAAACUGUUGUGGGACAUAGUCUUGCUUGGAGAAACAAUAUGUGAUCCAUAAAGACUAGAUAUCAAAGUUAGAUAUUUUUGUUUACAGAUUUUAGAAUGUUAUAUUUAGAAAUUUCAACUUCAAUUUCAACAGUUUAAUUGAGUUAAAUGGUUCUGGUGGUCAUCUUAUACUUGAUAAAGUUACUUUUGAAAACAUAAAUUCAUGCGGAUCAAUAAUUGGAAAUAAAAAACCAAUACUUAAAAUUUAAAAUGACUUAAUUGACACACCAAUAAAAGUUGCACUAUAAAGAAACUCCUUGCUUUAAAAUCGAUAUCAAAGAAUUGAAUUUUACAUAAGUAGGUUCUCUAAAACACCAACUAACGUCCAUUUAUAUAAACGAAGAGAGCUAGCAACUAUAUUAUGGGAGUAUUAUUAAUCUAGAAAAUUUUUAGGGAGAUAUUAAAAUUCAAGACAGCUCAUUCUAAUAAAAUUAGGUCAAAUAUUAGAAUUGUGA